UCUCUCUCUCUCUCUCUCUCUAAAAGAUGGCGUCAAAAAGCUCCUUUUAACUGCGACCAGUACGUGUAGAAGUUCUACGGAGAAAGAUGACGGGGAACAUGGAUGGCCGGCCUGACGCUCCUAUCAGAAAUGAUGUCGUGCCCAAUCUGCUACAUUCAAUGUUACUUCUCUUGUUUCAAACCUAACGGUCUUCUUCCUCGCUUGAUCGUCCCAAAGUCUUUCAUGCAGAUAGAUCUACAGGACUCGUCGCUCGUCUCUUUCUCCACCUGUUUCUCUCGUCGGCGGUCUUCCACCCCCGCCACCACUACCAGUCUCCGCCCCCUCCCACUUUAUACCCCCUCACUCCUCCCUCUUCACUCCUUUUCUGCGUCCCUUUUCUCCAUUGCAAAGCAGUCGACAUGUGUUUUGGUCGUCUCCUGCUCUCCGACCCUUUCUGCAACUCCUCAGUUCUCUUUGUCGUCUUAAAGCUCUGAGGCUGCUGUCUCUUAAGCUCUCCGAGGAAAAGCAGUACGCCAUCAGCUCUCGCGUUGCGGAAGUCUGUUGGUGGACGGAUUCCACUGGCUUACCGAAGCUAAAUGGUGUUCGGCGUUGUCGAUUAGUUGAUCGGCGGAAGAUGCAAGAUGCAAAGAAGAUUGAGAUUGCCAAGCCUGUGGCGUCGAGACCUUUCGCCAGUUUCAGGCCACUUCCUGAGCUCCUCGCGAGAGCGACCAGUUCCUCUCCGACGCCUUCUUCUGCUGAGAGAACAGUCGCCAUCAAGCCGAGGACUAUGAGAUUCAAAUCCUCGUCGUACGAUUCUGCAGCUGAAGCUGUUCCACCGCCUGAUGAUGCAUCCGAGAAGAGAUCCGUGGCAACCAUGGGAUCAGAUUCCGUGUCAAGCUUCAUCUACAAACCUACUGCAAAGCUUGUUUCAAGAACCCUUAAUCUGGGAAACUUCGAUCAAGUUCUUGACCAAGUAAAAACAUCAAACAGCCGACCUCAGAAUUCAGCAUCAGCUUCACAAUCUGAACCGAACCAGGCAUAUGAUCCUUCCAAGUCAGUGACGGCCGGCGAGCUUGAUACGAGGAACCAGCAAUCGGCAGAUCGGCCGUCUUAUGACGGCUACAACUGGAGAAAAUAUGGACAGAAGCAAGUAAAAGGAAGUGAGUACCCGAGAAGCUACUACAAGUGCACACAUCCCACUUGCCCUGUAAAGAAGAAGGUGGAGAGGUCACUUGACGGGCAGAUAGCUGAGAUCGUGUACAAGGGCGAGCACAACCACCCCAAGCCUCAGCCUCCCAAGCGACCCUCGUCAGGUUCACAGGUCGCCGAUGAGCAUGGAAGAGAGACUGGUAAUCCCCCAUGGAGUAAUUCUCUGGAUAACCACGAUGGACUGAUUCCCACCUAUCAUUUUUCCCACGAUCAUGUUCUCGCUACCGCUGAUGAUUCAAGCACUCGAGUUGUCAAGGUUGGAGGCAGAGCAGCUGCUGUGGAUCAUGACAAGCUUGAUUGCAAGAGAAGGAAGAACGACGACCGAGCGAGUGGAGGGAACAGUGUUGGAGAAGGUGCUGCAGAGCCCCACUCCGUGAUGCAAGCCUCCUCCUCCGUGGGAUCUGACAUCUCUGGGGAUGGCUAUCACUGGAGAAAGUAUGGACAAAAGGUGGUGAAGGGCAAUACUUUUCCAAGAAGCUACUACAGAUGCACCAACCCGAAGUGUCCCGUGCGCAAGUAUGUGGAGAGGUCGUCUGAGGAUUCGGCACAUCUCGUCACAACGUACGAAGGAAGGCACAACCAUGAGAUGCCAGUAAGAAGAGCGAGCCGUGCUGCUUCUGACCCUGAGACAGCAGCAGCUCCUGAUGGCCUCCAAUUGUAACUUCAACACCUGAAGGGAAAGGAAGAACCGAGUACGAUUCAAAUCUUGGGAUCACUUACAUGGUCACAGGCACUUCAAUCGAUUACCUUCGGUCCUCUUCAAUUGUUCAUUUCACUCCUGCAAUCCAUGACUGGUUUACAGAGUUAGCAGAUCUUUAUAGGAUCCAAAUAGGGCUCACAUAGGUGUCUUGCUCAAUGUAUGUAGUUCAUUGUUCAGAUUCUGUGGGGAUAUGUCCCUUAAUGUUGCUUGAAUAUUUAUUUGUGA